AUGCACUCCAAAUUUCUCGCCAUAGUGGGCCUGUGUGUCGCUGCUUCUAUUCUGCAUGCGACUGACGCUGCUAAUAGAAUGCCCCCACGUCGUCAACUCGGGUCUUACAAGGACUACGGCCACCACCAGCACAAGCACGACCACGACCACAAGAAACACCACCACCACGACAAGAAGGACCACCCGCACUACUACCGUCGCCGCCUCGAAGAUAAGGACGCCAAGGCUACCGAUUAUAAGGACACCAAGGCUACCGAGUCUUCGGACUACAGCUACGGCAAAGGCGAUUAUGGUCACAGGCACGACCACCACGGCUAUGGUCAUGAUGACUAUGGUCACGAUGACUGUGGCCGCGAUAACUACGGCCACAUUGAUUAUAAGCACCUCGACUACAAGCACAAAGGCUACGAAUACGUUAGUGGCGACGACUACUAG